AUGAAGGCCACCGUCCUGUCGCUGCUGCUGCUCGGCCUCUGCCGGCCAAGUGCUGCUGCCGCUGAAGGUGCGAACACUGUUGCCCCUCCUUCUGGUGAUUUGGUCUGCCCGGCCCGCCGCCCCAAUCCGCCUGCUUCUGCUUCUGCUUCUGCUUCUGCUUCUGCUUUUGCUUCUGCCGCAGCCCUCGCUCAUUUUUCUGCUCUGGCGCAUGCUGCUGCCGUAUCUCCUGCGUCUGUUGCGCCCACUUUCUCUGCGUUGGCCUCUCCUGUGUCGACCGCUUCUUCUGUAUCAGUCGUCUCUUCUUCUGUCACUUCCUCGACCAGCCUCUCGCCCAGCACUUCGAGUGGCAGCAGCAGCAGCAGCACCGGCGCUGGCAGCGGCACCACCACCACCACUGCUAAUACGUCUCCAGCCGUCACCGUCGCCUCGGAUGGAUCCGGUCAGUUCACCAACAUCAACUCGGCCAUCUCCUACGCCCAGGCCAAUGCUGUCCCUACCGUCACCGUCUUGGCCGGCACGUACACCGAGGCCAUCGCCAUCCAGGCCACCGCCGCCGUGACCAUCGUCGGUGAGACGGCCGCCACGGGCAAGACGUACUCGGACAAUCUCGUCACCAUCACCAACGGUGCCGCCGGUACGACCCCGCCCAUCAACUUCCUGACGAGCACCUCCAAGGGCGUCACCUGGAAGAACGUCAACAUUGCCAACGCCAAUGCCGCGUCCACCGCCGGCAUUGCCUUCCUGCGCGGUUCCAAGCACGCCUUUUACUCGUGCCAGCUCACCGCCGCGGGCAGCGUUGGAUUCACCGGCAGCCAUGCCUCUGGACUCAUUGCCAACUCGUACAUCCAGGCCGCCGACAAGAUCUUCUCGUCCUUCGGCAGCUUCUACGUCUACGCCUCCACCAUUACGGCCACCAACAACAAUGCCCUCAUCGUCUACAACAAGGGCUUCACCGACACCGCCUCGGGCAAGCUGUACAACUCAAACGUGGUCUUUGACACGUGCCAGAUCAUCCAGAAGGCCGGCACCACGAACAAGAAUGUCUUCAUGGCUGCCGCCAACGGUGUCGGCGUCGCCGUCAUCUGGCGCGAGACGUCCAUCGCCGGCUUCGUCGCCAACUCGGGCGUCUACGUCGACGCUACCACCCAGGACGCCCGCAACACCUACAUCGAGUACGGCACCACCGGCGCCGGCAGCUACGCGAACAAGGCCGCCGCCCGUGCCGCCUACAUCACGCUCGCCACCGACGUCGGCAAGCUUGCGCCCUAUGAGCUCUCCGCCUUCUACACGGGCUUGUAUCCCAGUGUUGCCGUCACCGGCGUCGACUGGGUGGAUGCCGCCGUCUUGAGCUCGAUCCAGAGGGGCUCCUCUGGAUCCGCCACGACGACGACUGCUGCUGCCACGACGACGACUACUUCUGUUGUCCCUACGACGACGACUACUUCUGUUGCCCCUACGACAACGACCACUUCUGUUGCCCCCACAACAACGACCACUUCCACGACGACGGCAUCGGCUGCUGCUUCGUCUGUUGCUGCCAGCGUCGUCGACAUUGCCUCGUCCGCUGCCAGCGUCAACUCUGCCUCGUCUGCUCCUGCCAUUGCUGCCUGCGCACCCUCAUCCGUCCCCUCGACUGCUCUGAUUGUCGGCCCCGUUGGCUCAUCAUGUGCCACGUUCAACAGCCUUGCUGCUGCUGUUGCCGCGCUGCCCGCCGAUGCGACGACGCAGUACAUUUACAUUCUGGCCGGCACGUACAAUGAGAAGGUCACGCUGACCCGCACCGGCGCCACCGUCCUUCGCGGCGAGACCGACAACGCUCUGUCCUCGUCGUCCAACAAGGUCACCAUCCAAAACGCGGCCGGCGUUCUCUCCAGCGCAGGCGGCUCUGCUGGCACGGCCACAUUUUCGGCCAACAAGUACGAGGCCAAGUUUGUGACCUUCUACAACAUCAACUUUGAGAACACAUACGCUCAGCAGACCAACAACAUCGCGGUCGCUGCCUACUCCAAGGGCACCAAGGUCGCCUUUUAUGGCUGCAACGUCAAGUCCACCCAGGGCUCGCUGUACCUUGACUACGGUAACGUCUUUUUCAGCGGUGGUCGCAUUGAGGGCACCACAGACUUCAUCUGGGGCAUUGGCGCCGGCUACUUCUACAACUCGAUCAUCGUGUCCAGGGACUCAACCAACACGGGCUCGACCAUCGCGGCGAACCGGUACCAGAACUCCUUUGGCGGCUCCCAGAUCGUCUUCGAUGGCUGCGCCAUUGUUCCCAAGGACAAGACCGUGCCUCAGCAGGGCACCUAUCUCGGCAGGGACUACAGCACCAACGCCCAGGUGGCUGUUGUCAACUCGUACCUUGAUGCCCACAUUUACCCCGUGGGCUGGAGGGAUCGGAGCUCCCAGCACCUGCUCGCUGACAACUCCGCCUACACCGUCAAGAAGGUUCUCGGCGACGACGCCUGGCUCGAUGCUCCUGCCAUUGCUCCCCAGCAAGCUUUGGACACCCUUCUCGUCAACCAGGGUGUUCAGGUCUUUAGCAACAGCUACAUUGAGGGCAGUGUUGACUUUAUUUGGGGUUACAGCAAGGCGUACUUCCACCAAUGCUACGUUGCCUCCAACACCCCGAGGACGUACAUUACUGCCCAGAACAGACCCAAUGCCGCGUGGGCUGGCGGCUUCGUCUUUGACAAGUCCGUCAUCACCUACACCGAAAGCUACGGUACCAGCUUCGGUACUGUUGCUCUGGGUCGUCCUUGGUCGCAGUAUGCCGUCACGGUGUACAUGAACUCCUUCCUGGACAAGCAUAUUUCCCCUGCAGGCUGGAGCGUCUGGCAAACGAGCAACCCCCAGACCGACAAUGUUCUCUUUGGCGAGUUCAACAACGUUGGACCUGGCAACUGGACCGACUCUCGCGCCACCUUUGCCACCAAGCUCACCGAGGCACAGGCUUCCCAGUACAAGCUUGAGACCUUCAUUGGCAGCACGAGCUGGCUGGAUGCCAAGGCGUUUGCCUAUGUCCCUAGCUACAGCCUCACUUCAGUCGGAGCCGCCGAAGUGCCGGUUCCCGUGCCCACCACCCCCGUCGUGAUCACGCACCCGACGAGCGGCACCGAGCCUCCUGCUGGUGCCGUCAUCGUGGGCGCCCCUAGCGCCGUCACCCGCCGCGCUGAUGGUAGCACCGCGAAACCCUUCAACAGCCUGACAGCUGCCCUGGCUAGCUUGCCAUCGGAUUCGUCGAACCAGAUUAUCUUCCUCUAUCCGGGUACCUACACGGAGCAGGUGCCUAGCAUCAACCGCCCGGGACCUGUCAUGAUCAUUGGAUACACGAGUGAUGCCCCCGGCAAGAGCUACAAGAACAACCAGGUCACCAUCACCCAGGCCCGUGGUCUGUCCGUGUCCCCACCGCCUGCCGGUCACAGCAACGCCGAGACGGCAACCAUUGCCACGGCGAGCUCCAAGAUCUCCUGGUACAACAUCAACCUCGUCAACACGGAGAACCUGGACGGCGCGAUUCCCAGCUACGUCUCCCUGGCUGCCAGCGUCUAUGGCGACAAGAUUGGCUUCUACGGUUGCUCGUUUGUUGGCUGGCAGGACACCCUCCUGACGGGCGCAACGGCUGGCAACCAGUACUACGAGAGCUGCUACAUUGACGGUGCCAUCGACUUCAUCUGGGGCUACUCCAAGGCCUACUUCAAGGGCUGCACGAUUGCCGCGAAGCGAGCCAAGUCCGCCAUCACCGCUCAAAGCCGUGCGAGUCUGACUGCCAUUGGCGGUUACAUUUUUGAUCAGUGUCUCUUCACCGAGGCCCCGACCGCUACCGUCGAUCUCAAGGGCCAGGUGUACCUCGGCCGGCCCUACUCCAAGUUUGCGCUUGUCGUCGUCAAGAACAGUUUCCUCUCCGACGUUAUCCAGCCCGCUGGUUGGAAGAUCUGGUCCAACACUGACCCUCGCAACGACUCGAUCACGUUUGCCGAGUACAACAACGCCGGCCCGGGCAGCUGGGAGAACAACGCUGCCGCUCGUGCGACUUUCCGGGGCGCCUCCCUGCUCACCGCCGAUGACUACCCCCUCAGCAAGGUCAUGUCCAGCACUGACUGGAUUGAUCUGACCUACUGGGACCAGAUCCAGACGCCGCAGCCCGCCGUGGUACCCGUGACACCUGUAACCCCCACUGUCUAUGACGGCACCAAGCCUCCUGCCGGCGCCUUCAUCGUCUCCAAGACGCCUGUCGAUGGUCAGACCACGUACGACACCAUUCAGGCGGCCCUCAACGCCCUACCGACCUCGAAGCAGAUCACGCCCACCGUCUUCAUCUACCCUGGCACGUACAAUGAGCAGUUGAUCCUCGCGCGGGCUGGUACCACCAUUCUCAUCGGCUACAGCUCGAACUCUGGUGACUACUCUCAGAACCAAGUCACCAUCAGCUUCGACAAAGGCAUCGACACGCAGGCUGACGCCUCCAACUCGGAUUCUGCCACUGUUUACGCCACUGGCAACUACCUGCAGGCUGUCAACAUAAACUUUGCCAACACCUUUGGCACCGCAUCCAAGUGA